CUUUCCCCCGGCCCCUCUCCUUCUUUCCCCCCUCUCUCUCUCUCUUUCUCUCUCUCUCUCUCUCUCAACCGAAACCCUAUCCUAAACCAAACCCUAUCAGAGUUCAGAGGCUCAGUUGCAGCCACCUUCAAACUUCAGAACCCCUUCUCUCUCCCUCUCUCUGUCCGAGCUCACCUCCCUUCCUCGCAGCCCCCACCAUCGCCGAAGGCAGCAAACCCACCACUCUAUUCACUGCGCGUCUCAACUCUCAACUCAGUCUCUCUUCAUUGUGUGUCUGUCGUGCGCCGUCGCUGCUGCUCCGCUCCUCCCCGUGGGUCGUCGCUGCUUCUCGGCUCCUCGCAGUGGGUCGUUUCUGCUUCUCUGCCUCCUCGCCAGUCUUGCUGUUUCUUCUCUGCUUCGCGUCGUGCCUCGCCGUUACUGCUGGGUGGUCUCUGCUCCUCUGAUUUUAGGUAACUCUGUCUCACACUCUCACUGCGAGCUCACUGUCAUCGCGAGCACUCUGUCAUAGCCGUUCAUCUCUCGCCAUCUCUCCGAUUCAAUGGUACUUGAUCCUUUUAGAAUAUGAGAGUAAUGAGCAUUUCUGGAGGCACAACAGCACCGGCUUCUUUGUUUGCUCGUACAGAAAUGCCUAUUCUAGCUUUAGGUUAUUCUAAGUUGAGUGCUACUGCAUUGGCACUUCGGUUGCCAUGUAACUGCAUGAGGAGGAUGCGUUUGGUUACAAAGCUUAAGUAUUCUGUUGCCGAUAGGACAUCAUCGGCCUCCAGUCAUGUGGAUUCACCAGCAGAGUCGCGUCCGGUGAGUAGGAGGCGGGGAGGUGGCUCGUCGUUAUAUAUUCGUCCUAGUUUGUCAGUAAUGAAGAAGGAUAGGGAGGAGAUGCGUGAAAAGGUUUAUGAGUUUUUGCGGGGAAUUGGCAUUGUUCCUGAUGAGCUAGAUGGUCUUGAACUUCCUGUGACAGUUGAUGUUAUGAGGGAACGCAUAGAUUUUCUUCACAGUUUAGGACUUACAAUUGAAGAUAUUAACAAUUAUCCACUUGUUCUUGGCUGCAGUGUCAAGAAGAAUAUGAUUCCGGUGCUCGAUUACCUUGGUAAAUUGGGAGUCAGGAAAUCCACAUUCACUCAGUUUUUGAGGAGAUACCCACAAGUGCUUCAUGCGAGUGUGGUUGUGGAUCUUGUGCCGGUGAUCAAGUAUCUUGAGGGGAUGGAUAUAAAGCCAAAUGAUAUUCCUUGUGUUCUCGAGAGGUACCCUGAAGUGCUAGGAUUCAAACUUGAGGGAACCAUGAGCACAUCAGUUGCUUAUUUGGUUGGGAUUGGUGUAUCCAGAAGAGAAGUUGGAGGGGUCUUAACUAGAUAUCCAGAGAUUUUGGGGAUGCGAGUUGGUAGAAUCAUCAAACCUUUUGUGGAAUUUCUGGAAAGCUUGGGGAUUCCAAGGUUAGCUGUUGCUAGGUUGAUAGAGAAAAAACCUUAUAUUCUUGGAUUUGGGUUAGACGAGAAGGUGAAGCCCAAUGUGAAGUCCCUUGAAGAGUUUAAUGUCAGGCGAACAUUACUUCCCUCUAUAAUUGCUCAAUAUCCUGACAUAAUCGGAAUCGACCUAGAACCAAAGCUUGCGAAUCAGAGGAGUUUACUCAACACUGUACUUGACGUGGAUCCUAAUGAUUUCGGAAGAAUUGUUGAGAAGAUGCCGCAGGUAGUUAGCCUCACCAAAGGACCUAUGCUGAAACAUGUUGAUUUUCUUAAGGAUUGUGGAUUUUCUUUAGAGCAAAUGAGGAAGAUGAUUGUUGGAUGCCCUCAACUGCUCGCUUUAAACAUCGACAUUAUGAAACUUAGCUUUGAUUACUUCCAAAUAGAUAUGAAAAGGUCAUUGGAAGACUUGGUUAUUUUCCCAGCAUUCUUCACGUAUGGUCUGGAGUCAACUGUAAAACCAAGGCAUAAGGUGAUUGCUAAGAAAGGAUUAAAGUGUUCUCUUUCAUGGAUGCUUAAUUGUUCUGAUGAGAAGUUUGAGCAACGAAUGGAAUAUGACACUAUUGAUAUGGAGGAGAUGGAAACUGAACCAUCAUUUGAUAUGAAUUCACUGAUGCAACCAAGGAAUGAUGAAUCGGGUUCUGACUAUGAAGAUUAUGAUGAUAGUGAUGAUGAUUAAAUGAUGGCGCAACUUCAACUAGUCUACCUGGGCAAUAAUAAUUGCUCAACUAUCGUUUUUGUAUCAUUGAAAAGUUCAACUCCAUGCUUGUCAGCAUGGGAUUAAGGAUUGUGGAGUGUGGCAUCUACCGUGUCCUUUUGUUUAUGACCAUGCACAACUAUUCUCGUAUAACAAGGAACCAAGUGACAUGUUUGGCACCUGGCAACCAACUUAGGUAUGUGUUAAAAUUGUGAAGGGUACCUAUGAUUUAAGAAUAGGAAAAAUACAGAGUUUUCUCUCCAUCAGUUUCUGGCUUGUUCAUGGUGUUAUUUUAAUGAGUAAACACCCAAAUUAGUCCCCAACCAAUUUCAGAUUGGACAUUUUUGGUUCUCAACAAAUUUUUAUUCUCUAGAAGUCCUCGAGUAUUAUUUCCGUCAAACAGAUUGGUCCCUCCGUUGUUUUCAAUUAAAUUUUUAAUAUGCAUGUUGGGCAAAUAAAUCCCUAACAGAUUUAUUAUAAACAAUUAAGUCUCAAAAAAUAUUAUUAUAAGACAAAUUAGUUUCCUUUCAAAACAACAGAAGGACCAAUCUAUAUUGGGGUCAUUCUUAAAGAUUUCUAGAGAAUAAAAUUUGUUAAGAGCAAAGUAUUCAAUCUAGAAUUCUUUGAGGAUUAAUCCGUGUAUUUAGUCUGUUUUAAUUUGAUAGGAAAAGACCCUUGUUAGAGGUUAGUGACCAUCUUACUUCUCUGUAUUAUCAUUUUUCUUUUGUUAUGUGUGAAGAAGUAUAUCUUGUAUCUCUUUCUUCCUUGCUAUUAUUAAGUGAUCCUUGAAACGCUCUCUUGAUGUGGUUGAAGAAAAGCAAUGUCGAUGCAAAUUCAAUUUUUUUUUUAAUUGGAGUUUGUAUAAUAAAAGUAAUAAUAAUAUUCUUUCUACUACUACUAUUAUGAGCACCAUAUUAUCUCAUCUCACGUGCUGACCAAAAAGGCAAAUUCAGGAAUAGAAAAAUGAAACUAGGAAAGAUACUUUUCAUAUAAAGAUGACGUAGUUAUAGUUUAAUUUAAAGCUAUAUUGCAAUACUAAACUAUUGGUAGCUAGUCUGAAUGUCAAAAACACCAAUUCCAACUUUAACUUUACCAAGAUAACAUUCUUUAUUCACUUUAGCCAUCAGCAGCUUCAUAUUCCAGUCGAUAAGAGAAAUACUGUGCGUCCUUAU